AUCUUCCCCCAACCGCCAUCUCCAUUUCUUGGGGAAAAUUGCAAAUCAAGAAAAACUCAGAAACUACUACUUGAUCCAAUUCCUAAACAGUUUCCACUUUCUGCAGAAGCUAAGCAAAAGACUACCCUUCUUCCCCCCAUACCGGCUGCCGAACUUCUCCGCCAAACUGCAUUCAAUUUUAACCCACCCCAAACACGCCUUUCCCCCCUUCCACUUCCUCCGCCUCUUCCGCAACGGUUUCUUAGCCUUGCCUCCACGCUUUCCUUAUUCUACCUUUCUAUAAACCCUUUCUUCUUCUGCUACCCCUUUCCAUCUGCGCGCAGAACCUGUCUUGAACUGUGAAGGAGUCAUGGCGGGGAACCGAGAUCUGGAAUUGAGCGGGGGAGGGAAGACCAGAGGCGCCGCGCAUCCACCGCCGCCGAGCUAUGGGACGGCGGCCUCGGCCGAUUCGGCCUGGCCGGCGUUUCUGGUGCCUCUGAUUGUGCUGGCUAACCUCGCCAUGUUCGUGAUAAUCAUGUCCGUCAACGACUGCCCCAAUCGGAUCGGUAGGGACGAGAAGUGUGUUGCCAGAUUCCUCAGGAGGUUCUCCUUUCAACCCCUCAGGGAAAAUCCUCUCUUCGGCCCGGCUUCUUCCACGCUAGAGAAACUGGGGGCACUGGAUUGGAACAAGAUAGUGCAUGAGCAUCAGGAAUGGAGGCUUUUCACAUGCAUCUGGUUGCAUGCUGGUGUGAUUCAUUUACUUGCCAACAUGGUGAGCUUGGUCUUCAUCGGGAUUCGGCUCGAGCAGCAAUUCGGAUUCAUACGUGUGGGGAUGCUCUACCUGGUGUCGGGGAUUGGAGGGAGCAUUCUUUCUUCCUUGUUUAUCCAACACAGCAUCUCUGUUGGUGCUUCUGGCGCAUUGUUUGGACUUCUUGGAGCUAUGUUGUCCGAGUUGCUUACUAAUUGGACAAUUUACAGCAAUAAGGCUGCAGCUCUUUUUACCCUAGUGGUGAUCAUCGCAGUGAACUUGGCAGUUGGGAUUCUUCCUCACGUCGACAAUUUUGCCCAUAUUGGAGGCUUCCUUAGUGGGUUCCUCCUUGGUUUUGUGCUUCUGCUUCGACCCCAGUUUGGCUGGUACGAGAGGCGAUAUCUCCCACCUGGUGCCCGCCUCAACUCCAAGUACACCGUCUGCCAACUCUUCUGCUUGGUCUUCGCCUCGGUUCUACUCCUUACCGGAUACGUAGUGGGAUUGGUGAUGUUGUUCAGAGGAGAGAAUGGGAACUCGCGUUGCGGAUGGUGCCAUUACUUGAGCUGUGUGCCAACUUCAAGAUGGCAAUGCAACAACUGAUACCAAAUAUAUACCAAAUACUAAUACCAUUCUUAAUUGGUGAUCUCGGAGAUGUUUUCUUUCUUCUUCCCCACUCUUUUUUGCUUGUUUUACAUUAUGAACUGACAGAUCCAUUGAUCCAACUCCGUUGAUCAUGAGUUGAAGUAUUAUUACUUU